AUGGGCAUUUUGAAGGAAACGUGUGUACACCGUUUUCUGAUGUCAAUCCGUCCGCCUAGAGAAGUUGGCGAGUACAGAAUUAACUUUGACAUUUUGCUUGGGACAGGUUCAGACGCGUCUGUGUAUUUCGCGACUCACCUUCCUACGAACCUCGGCGUUGCCGCCAAGGUGGUUCUAGCUUCGGAGGGCACUUCAAAGUUCAACCGCGUGAGCUUUGAGGUAGAAGCGUUGCAGUCUUUCACCUACCAUCAGAAUUUAGUUCAGAUCUACGAUGUGGUGAAGACUGCGGAGUUCGUUAUUCUUUUUCUUGAAUACGUGCCAAAUGGUGAUCUUGGGUCGUUUGUUGAACAGCGUGGGAGGCUUGAAGAAUCGCUGGCUCGGCAAUUCUUUUGCCAAAUGCUUAGCGUGUUAGAGCACUGUCAUGAGAAUCAAAUUGUUCACCACGAUUUCAAGUUGGAAAACUUACUCCUAGCGUCUGACUAUUCCCUGCGAUUGAUUGAUUUUGGACUUUCGAAUCGCUUCAGGGAUGGUCAGCUCGGCGACUUCACGGGGUCUCCUCUUUACAUGUCUCCGGAGGUGUUCUCUUUCCAAAGCCAUGACCAAUCCGUUGAUGUCUGGAGUCUCGGUGUUUGUCUGUAUUACAUGCUCACCGACAUGUUUCCAUUUUCCGCUGAUACGUACAACGAACUUCAAGAAAAGGUUGUUUUUGGUGAAGUUACUUUUCCACACAAGCCAAAACUCAACGAAGACGUCAAGGAGCUUAUUCGGUUCAUGCUUCGCAAGAAUCCCAAGACGCGCAUCACGCUUUGGGAAAUCAGACAUCACCCUUGGCUGCUUCAACCGGACAACUUGAACGGCGUUCAUCACCGUGACUUAAUCUGUCCCGCUCGCAGACCUCUGUGUCCGAUUGAUUCCGGCGAACAGAACCUUCCCACUAUAUCGUUUUAA